AUGCAAUAUAUAGGUAAUGUCUCAUAUGUGUUAGCCGCUUUGCAAGUUCCUUACAACUUUUUGUAUCGAAAUAACCAAAAUAUAAUUAAUGAUACUAAAGUUGAUAUUAAUUUCCAAUCAGCUCUUAAUCUACAAGUAGGAUCCAUUGCAACUUACCAUGAAAACUUUGCAGCUGAUCCUCAAGCUGUAAUUUAUUCGAAAGAUUUCAUGUAUUUGCUUGAAAACAACUACAGAGUUAAUGGAGCCAUUGAUCCAAUAACUAAAAUGAUCACUCAACACAUGCUCGAAUAUACUGAUGAAAUUUCAAAGGUUGCUCUAGAAAUCUCAGCUAUCUUUGCAUGUAUUUCUUUGAUAAUCUUUCCUAUAGUUGUUGUUUUACUUAGAAUACAAAGUGCUGAAUAUUCCCAAAUUGUUCAUUCUUUACACAAAAUUCUAACAAUUGUUAUUAUUCAGCACAUUUCAGAAUUGACAUUAAAAAACAGUGAAAAAGAUAAAACAGAAAAAUUCGAAUCUGCUUUACACAUACAAGAUUCGCAUGGCAUCCCUUCUUUGUUAUUAGGAAUUCUUAAUGUGAUUUGUAUUAUUGCAUUCAUCAUUAUUUCUUUCCUUAAUUUAUAUGUUUUAUCCAACUCCAAAAAGAAAUUCCAAGUUUUACCAUAUCAAUUAAUGAAUGGUGCAACAAUGGCAAGUAAUAUUUAUGAUCAAAUGGCUGUUGCUAAGAGAAUAUGGGCAUAUAAUGCAAGAAAAAGAUUAAAUGCUGAUGGAAGCUUUUUAGCAACAAAGGUUUGGCCAAAAACAACAGGAAAAAUUCUUACCAAUGUUGAUAACGCAUUGUUUGGAAAAAUUGAUAAUAUUAGUUAUGGAUUUCUUUUGACUGAUUCUGCUUCUCGUUCUCUUUUCUUUGAAACAGUUUCUGAAGCAACGACAAAUACGUUGCACCACAUGUUCCUUAAGUUUGGAUUCAUCUUUUCUAUGGAAGCCGAUGUAAGUGAAAUGAGAUAUUUCUCUGAAUUUACGAGAAACAAAAAUGUUUUCAACAAAGAUAAUGAAAGAUUAUUAAAUAUGAUUCAUUAUAAUGAUAUUCACUUAACUUCCAGUGUUUUGGACAAAUUGUUGAAUAAUACAUUCACUGAUAUUGAUACAGAUCUAUCAGAACAAAAGUUCUUUGCUAUUCUCACGCCAAUAAUUGGCUUUAUUGUUCUUGCAAUUUUAAUUUCUAUUUUUAUUUAUUAUCAAAUGCAAAUUUUGAGAACUUUUAGAUUUACAAUUUUGAGUUUGUCAAUGUUAGAUCAGAAAUUCAUACAAUCCAAUGAGAGAUUGCUUGAUAUUGCAGCAGGAAACUUCUCUAGUGAUAGCCAGAGUAAUUCCAUCCCAACACAUUACAUCGAUUGUUUGAAGGAAUCAACAGUUGAUGCUGUUUUAAUUACCAACAAAAAUUUUGACAUUUUAGAGUCGAAUCAUGCGGCAAAGACUUUGAGUUCUGCUGCUGCAAAUGCCAAAAAUAUCGAGGAUAUCAUUGGUUUGCCAGAAGAAAUCAAGAAAGUUGCAAAUUCAUCAACUCCAACGUCAGUGUCAUUUAAGAAAACACUUAAAAGUGACAGUGGACAGUCGUAUGAAAUGGACAUUUCCUCCACAUUAUGCAGCAAUGACCAUGUGAUGAUUAUCAUGCAUAGAGAUUUGAUUGGAGAGCAACUGGCUGAAGACAGGAGAAAAACCGAGAAAAAGCUAAAAGAUAUAUUGAAUAGAAUUGUUCCACAUGAUUUCAGGGAAAUGUUUGGUGAAAGCCCCUUCAAAACCGUUUCAUUUGAUAAUGUUUUGUUAUUUGCGGUUAGACCAACAAAUAUUACUUUUUCUGCUGAAGAGAGUGAUGAAUCUUUUCAGGUUGUUCUUCAGAGGAUGAAGAAAUUUAAUGAAAUUGUUAUCUCAGCAUCGAAAAAUUCAGAUGAUUGUGCAAUUGUUAAAAAGCAUAACAUGGCAAUGAUUUUGUGCUAUAAUCUUAAGACACAGAAGAGGACAAUGCAGCAGCCGCUUGCACAAGCAAUAGAAGCAAUCAAAGAGAUAAGGAAUGAAUGCGACAAACAAGAUAUUAAGAUCGCAGCAGUUGCAGUGUUUUCCAGACAAUCUGUGAUUGGAAUUGCUUCAUUAAAUAAAGCGAACUUCAACAUUUUUGCUCCUGAAAUACCUUUACUUCUUAAGGGAUUGAGUACUGCAGGAGAUGAUGAACUACUCCUCUCCAAAGUAGAUAGAGAUAUACCUCAGAAUAUGAGAGAUAAAGUCAGACAAAGUGAAGAUUUCUUAGUCAUCAAUAUUCAUGAUUGUUAA